GGCCUCGUGCACGCCCUCGUCUUCUUCCCCGCGCCCAUCUCCGCAGCGCCAGGAAUCGCUCGCGGGCGCGCCACAUUUAUGACACCACCACCGCACCACACUCCCCCACCUUACCUACCUACGAGCCCGCCCCCUCCCUCACUCCCCUCCCCUCGCCACCGCAGCGUCUCUCCCGGACUCCACCGCCUCCCUGCUCCUGCUUCCAUUCGUGCACAGACCGGCCGGCACCAUGCCGCUGCGGCCAGGCAGUAACCGCGCGGCCGCCCUGCUGCUCGUCCUGCACUGCUGCUGCGCCCCGCUCCUCUUCCCUCCGCCGGCGGCCGCCGCCCACGGGCAUCAUCCGGCAGGGGACGGCGUCGUGAUCAGCGAGGCGGACCGGCAGGGCCUGCAGGCCAUCAAGGGGGACCUCUCGGACCCCCGCGGCUUCCUCCGCUCCUGGAACGCCACCGGCCUCGGCGGCGCCUGCUCUGGCGCCUGGACGGGGAUCAAGUGCGUCAACGGCAACGUCGUCGCCAUCACGCUCCCCUGGCGCGGCCUCGCCGGCACCCUCUCCGCGCGCGGGCUCGGCCAGCUCACCCAGCUCCGCCGCCUCAGCCUCCACGACAACGCCAUCGCCGGGGCCGUCCCCAGCUCGCUCGGCUUCCUCCCCGACCUCCGCGGCCUCUACCUCUUCAACAACCGCUUCUCCGGCGCCGUCCCGCCCGAGAUCGGCCGCUGCCUCGCGCUGCAGUCGUUCGACGCUAGCAGUAAUCUCCUCACCGGCGUCCUCCCGGCCUCGAUUGCCAACUCCACCAAGCUCAUCCGUCUCAACCUCAGCCGCAACGCCAUCUCCGGCGAGGUCCCCGCGGAGGUCGUCGGCUCCUCGUCGCUCCUCUUCCUCGACCUCUCGUACAACAAGCUCUCCGGCCGCAUCCCCGACUCUUUCGGGGGCGGAUCCAAGGCGCCGUCCUCGUCCUCGCGGAAAGAAGCCGUCACUGGGAGCUACCAGCUCGUCUUUCUCGGCCUCGCGCACAACUCGCUCGACGGGCCGGUGCCGGAGUCGCUUGCCGGGCUCAGCAAGCUGCAGGAGCUUGACCUGGCCGGCAACAACCUCAACGGCUCCAUCCCCGCCCAGCUGGGCUCGCUUCACGACCUCAAGGCGCUCGACCUCUCGGGCAAUGCGCUCGCCGGAGAGAUCCCGGAGAGCCUCGGGAACCUCACCGCAACGCUCAAGUUCUUCAACGUCUCCUACAACAACCUCUCCGGCGCGGUGCCGGCCUCGCUCGCCCAGAAGUUUGGCCCCACCUCCUUCGCCGGUAACAUACUGCUCUGCGGCUACUCUGCUUCUUCGCCGCCCUGCCCCGUGUCCCCGUCUCCGGCGCCGGCGUCAACCUCGCAGGGGGCAACCGGGCGCCACGGCCUCCGCAAGUUCAGCACCAAGGAGCUGGCAUUGAUCAUCGCCGGGAUCGUGAUCGGCGUCCUCAUCCUGCUGUCGCUCUGCUGCCUCCUGCUCUGCUUACUGACAAGGAAGAAGAAGUCCAGCACUGGCACCGGAGCACGGAGCGGGAAGCAGGCGUCAAGCAAGGACGCCGCCGGCGCCGGCGCCGCUGCUGCAGCUGCCGGGCGAGGCGAGAAGCCGGGGGCGUCCGAGGCGGAGUCCGGCGGCGACGUGGGCGGCAAGCUGGUGCACUUCGACGGGCCGCUGGCGUUCACGGCCGACGACCUGCUGUGCGCCACCGCGGAGAUCAUGGGGAAGAGCACGUACGGCACGGUGUACAAGGCGACGCUGGAGGACGGUAGCCUGGUGGCCGUGAAGCGGCUGCGGGAGAAGAUCACCAAGGGGCAGAAGGAGUUCGAGGCGGAGGCGGCGGCGCUCGGCAAGGUCCGGCAUCCCAACCUGCUCUCGCUCAGGGCCUACUACCUCGGCCCCAAGGGGGAGAAGCUGCUCGUCUUCGAUUACAUUCCCAAGGGCAGCCUCUCCGCCUUCUUGCACGCUCGAGCUCCCAACACGCCGGUGGACUGGGCGACGAGGAUGGCGAUCGCCAAGGGGACGGCCCGCGGGCUCGCCUACCUCCACGACGACAUGAACAUCCUCCACGGCAACCUCACCGGCAGCAACGUGCUCCUCGACGACGACUCCAGCCCCAAGAUCGCCGACAUCGGGCUGUCCCGCCUCAUGACGGCCGCGGCCAACUCGAGCGUGCUCGCCGCGGCGGGCGCGCUGGGGUACCGCGCGCCGGAGCUGUCCAAGCUCAAGAAGGCCAGCGGCAAGACGGACGUGUACAGCCUCGGCGUCAUCAUCCUGGAGCUCCUCACCGGCAAGUCCCCCGCCGACACGACCAACGGCAUGGACCUGCCGCAGUGGGUGGGGUCCAUCGUGAAGGAGGAGUGGACCAACGAGGUGUUCGACCUGGAGCUGAUGCGGGACACGGCCGCCGGCCCGGAGGGGGACGAGCUCAUGGACACGCUCAAGCUCGGGCUGCAGUGCGUCGAGGCCUCGCCGUCGGCCCGGCCCGAGGCGCGGGAGGUGCUGCGGCAGCUUGAGGAGAUCCGGCCCGGGCCGGAGGGCGGCGCCGGCCCCGGACCGAGCGAGGAAGGCCAUGUUGGUUCUGCAAGCAACGAGUAGAGCAGUGGCCGACUUGGGUGAAUUAGAGAGGAAAGAUGAUUGUUACAUUGAGGUUUAGUAGUUUUGAUUGAUAAUUCUUUGAUUCGUUUGGAAACCUAGUAUAUUUAUAAGUUGAAGGGAUUGUCCUUCUUUUUCAUUUUCUAUAGUUUGUAUAGGCAAAUAUUAUUUGCGCCACUAGAAUCUCUGUCAGGAAUUCCAAACCCAUAUAAAACAUUAUUGAUUUGUCAAA